UAGAGAGGUACUAUGAGAGUAAAGUGUCUUGCCCAAGAACACAACACAAUGUCCCCCGGCCAGGGCUCGAACACGGACCGCUCAAUUCCGGAGGAUGGCUGGAUAUUGGUCUCGCUCCAGAAACAGCCAAAAAAGGAAUUUGAACAAUAUCAGCUACUAUCUACCCAUCUUUGACCUCAUAUUUCCUCAACAAACGAAACUGAAACUGAGCUUCGGAUUAGCGAGUUGACAAUAAACAUGCUAAAGUUCCGCAACGCAUGCACAUGACUCCGCAAUCUAUAAAGGCUUCCACUUUCAUCCUGAAGUGUAAACAGAUGCUCCUUCUCAGGUAUCUUGCUUGAUAACUUUUAAGCCCAAGUGAAUGACUCAGAGUGCUCGAAACAAUGAUUAUUGAAGUCAUUGCCUCGUUACUCUUUGUUUUAACUGUGUAUGUCGUGAGCACUCUUUGGGAGAAUAGAAAUCUUCCUCCGGGUCCAUUUCCAUUACCUGUACUUGGAAAUCUGCUAUCAGUUGGAUUCAAACAGCCUUAUCGUGAUCUUGCAAACAUGACAAAAAAGUACGGCAAGUUAUUUCGGAUCCAAAUGGGAAGCAGAAAAGUGAUUGUUAUUAACAGCUAUGACAUCGCGAGAGAGGCACUUGUGGCAAAGGCAGAGGAUUUUGCUGGUCGACCUCAUCAUUUCUUCGGGAGUAUCUUUGGACGAAACUCUACUGACCUCGCUUUUCAAACAUUCUCUCAGAGAUGGAUAACACAGCACAAAAUAGCUUUAACAGCUUUGCGCUUAGCUGAAGACAAGGCAAAUGUUGCUUCACAUGUGAACGAGUUGUGUGAUAAAUUUCAUUCUACUAAAGGAAACCCAUUUUGCCCGCAGGAUCUCGUUUUCAGGUCUUGUGGUAACUGUCAGUCGUCUCUGGUUUUUGGACAUGAAAACAAACUCGAUGAUUGGGAAGUAGACGCGCUCAUAAAGGCUGGUCAAAUCCUUGCCAAAUCCAUCGCAGCAGCUAAUCUCAUCGACACAUUCCCAAUUUUGAAGUACUUUCCAUUUGAGGCAAUUAAGAAAGCGAGACGUGCAGGGGAAGUUCGGGAUGAAAUUUUCAAGAGGAAGUUUGAAGAACACGUGUCGACAUUUCAGAGUGAUAACAUGAGAGAUCUAAUUGAUGCCAUGUUGAAGGGUUUCCGAGAAAACAGUGGCGGCUUACUCACAGAGGAACAUCUAAUAUCAAGCGCCUCUGACGUUUUCUUUCCUGGCACUGAAACUCCGUCCGUUGUGAUCAUCUGGUUGAUAUUUUACGCCAUCAAAUACCCGGAUGUACAGGCCAGGCUCCACAGUCAGCUAGAUGAUGUCAUCGGCAAUACGAACCGACUGCCACAGUUAUCUGACAAACGCAACUUACCAUAUUUGGAUGCAUUCAUUGGUGAAGUCAUGCGUGUUGUCAGUGAAACUCCAUUGGCGGCUCCUCACUCAACCACGCGAGAAACGUCCCUUGCUGGUUUCCUGAUCCCGCGGGAUACGACGGUCUUCAUCAAUCUCUGGGCCAUUCAUCACGAUUCUGAUCGUUGGGAAGAUCCAUUUUGCUUUCGGCCAGAGCGGUUCUUGGACGAACAAGGUCGACUGCGUUUGGAGGGUAUUAUGCCAUUUUCAUCGGGAAAGCGCUCGUGUCCGGGAGAGUCUUUUGCCAGGAGAACAGUUUUCUUGUACGCUGCGCGAUUGCUGUACGGAUUUCAAUUUGAGAGUCCACCUGGUGCGAUACUGCCUGACGAGGAUGACAGUGAGUAUGGAAUCUUGCUUGAGUGCAAGCCUUUUGAGGUCUGUGCGGUGGCUAGACGAAAUGGGAAUCAACCAAUCCACAAAAAGGAACCUUGAACGGCUGGUGGACGGGCUGAAAUUAACUGAUGAAUUCGUGCCGCCUCUUGUCAUUCAAAUAGCUCACUCACUAACCCUCUUCGCUCCUGUGAGUGGAGCAUUGGGAUAGAAAUAGCAAGUACCUAAUUUAAGUGAAAAAGUUUAUUUUUGGAGGCCUUAAUUAACCAUAGCAGGACGAUGUUAAGAGCCGAGGGUUGAAUCCAUUCUGUACCUGAUUCUUUGUCUUUAAAUAGAUAGAAUGAAUAAACAAAGUAUUAUAAAUAAAGCUCUUAAAAUGAAGUAAUUAUCUGACGUACAUACAAAUCGACCUGAAAUAUUGCAGUUUUUCACGUUAAGAACAAAGUAAUUGAAUGAAAAAAUAACUUAUGGAUCAGGAAAAUCUGUAAUUCUGAAGUCUUUCUUUCAACUUACACUAGAAUAAGUCACUUGAGAUCGUUAAUGAUGAAAUUAAUUUCUAAUGGGUGCUUACAAAGCAAACAAGUGAUUCCAUGUGAUUUGCAGAUUUGUCUCGAUGUUGAGGGAAAAAAAUCAUUCUGAGAACCCGUUCCUUAGCAGGCCCACCGUUGAGUCACACGCGCGAGCGUUGAAGAGCGAAACGAUCCGGCGGGAAGGAGGACCUAGGUAGGGCCAAAAAAAAACGGCCAGCCGAGCAAUUGGGGUAUUGGGCUAAUCGGUUUUACCAAGUCCAAGAAUCAUGUGUUUCCAGAGCCACUUUUUUCUCUUUCUCCACCGAGGCCACAAGGCAUCGCCGCCUGCGAGCCGGGUGGCUCUGGGAACAACAGUGGAACCGCGGGCGAGGGUCGCGCACGCACGUAUUGCGCGCGCGAUUCGUAAGUUACCAAGACAAACAAACAAAAGACUCGAUCGGAAAGACGACAACGCUGAGGAGUGACUGGAAGAGAAACAAACCAAUUUUCCGUAAGAAAUGCAAGCUGUAUGAUCUAACACCUUUUCUAAGUGCCAAUAACAGCGUGAUACGUAUGUCUCUGGACUUCUACGCGAAGUAAGUUGUUUCACAAGA